AACACUCAGCGUUACCAUUCCCAUCAAUACCUCAUACACCCAUCCUUUCGCAUCUCUCCUCCCUCUCUUUCACACACACACAAACACACGCACAAUUCACACGCGCUCUGUUGAAAUCGUGAACAGGAAAUUGCUGCACACACAUUUCCUCCCGAUAACAGCGAUCCUUGCAUAUAAACCGACAGAGUCCGUCUGAUAGGCGUCAACCGACAAAAUGGCGGAAUUCGUGCGUGCGCAGAUUUUCGGCACCACUUUUGAGAUCACCAGCAGAUAUUCUGAUCUGCAACCCGUUGGCAUGGGCGCCUUCGGUCUAGUAUGCUCGGCGAAAGAUCAACUCACCGGCCAGGCUGUGGCUGUCAAAAAAAUCAUGAAGCCGUUCAGCACACCCGUUCUGUCGAAGCGAACAUACCGAGAACUCAAGCUACUGAAGCACCUCAAGCACGAGAACGUCAUCAGCUUGAGUGAUAUUUUCAUUUCACCUCUGGAGGACAUCUACUUUGUGACGGAAUUGCUCGGAACCGAUCUCCACCGACUCCUCACUUCGCGCCCGCUCGAGAAGCAGUUCAUCCAAUACUUCCUUUACCAGAUUCUUCGUGGCCUGAAAUACGUGCACUCCGCCGGAGUUGUCCACCGUGACUUGAAGCCCUCCAACAUCCUUGUCAACGAGAACUGCGACCUUAAGAUCUGCGACUUCGGUCUUGCCCGUAUCCAGGACCCCCAGAUGACUGGCUAUGUUUCAACGCGAUACUACCGAGCGCCGGAGAUCAUGCUCACCUGGCAAAAGUACGAUGUGGAGGUGGACAUCUGGAGUGCGGGCUGUAUCUUUGCGGAGAUGCUUGAGGGAAAGCCAUUGUUCCCCGGCAAGGACCACGUUAACCAAUUCUCCAUUAUCACCGAAUUGCUCGGAACCCCUCCAGAUGAUGUUAUCAGCACCAUCUGCAGCGAGAACACUCUACGAUUCGUUCAAUCUCUACCAAAGCGCGAACGACUACCUUUGAAGAACAAGUUCAAGAAUGCAGACCCACAAGCGAUUGAAUUGCUCGAGCGUAUGCUUGUCUUCGACCCCCGGAAACGAGUCAAGGCUGGUGAGGCGCUUGCCGACCCAUACCUCUCUCCCUACCACGACCCCACAGAUGAGCCAGAGGCCGACGACAAGUUCGAUUGGUCAUUCAAUGACGCCGAUCUGCCAGUGGACACAUGGAAAAUCAUGAUGUACUCUGAAAUCCUCGACUACCACAACGUCGACUCAGCGAACGGUGACGCAGUAGAGAACGGAGGCGUUGGACAAAUUUAAAGAGACGCUCGAUUUGCACCCGAUAAAAUAUUGACAAGCAGCUGCAUUUCGGCACUUUUACCCACAUUCUCUCAUUCGGCACGACUUCUCGGAAAGGAAUCACGAUCAUGAUUGAUGGCGAUGAGCGCGAUCUGGAUAGACCAGUGGAUCAUGUGGGUGGAGUGCACUGAAGUCAGUGUAAUAAAGCGAGUCCAUGGAGGAGGAGAAGGAGGAAGAGGCGAUGCAUCACAUGAGCCGUUGCACGCAAAGUGCACUCUCGUUUCGCCACGGCGAGCGAAACACGACAGUCUAGAUACAUAUGAUUGUUUUUCUAUACGAUGACUGAACAAUAAUGAUACCACGCUCUCUCCACAGUGGCUAUUUGAAAGUGGCGGC